AUGGCGGUCUAUCUCUCGGACUGGAUUAGAAGAUACCUCAGUGUCAGAAGCCAAGUGAGAGGACUGCCAACGAUCAGUAGUCUUUUCGAAUUCUUCGAAUCUUCCUAUCGCCAGAAAUUGCCGCACAUAUCAUUCAUUGUACCUGUCCGAGAUUAUACCAUUGACACGCCAUGGGAUAAGUAUGCCAAGUUCCGCUCUGACCUUUUCGCCUGCCCACAACUUUCCACUCCAUCUUACGCAGUAUAUGUCACUUCCAACUCCAACGCUGCCGUUUUGAUAUCAAACAAAUCCGGCCUUUUCGGUAAACCAAUCGAUAUGUUUCGAUAUGUUGCGAUCAACAUAUUUGGUAAGCAGAUCACCAGUACGCAGAGUGGAGAUGAGCAUUAUAGACAUAAGAAAAUUGUCAAGCCCUGCUUCAACGAGAACAUCAUGCAGACUGGCUGGUCAAAGAUGGUAGAAGCUUUUCAGACUAUGAAGUUCGAGGAAACGAUCGAAGGAGGGGGAACAAUCGAAGAUGUGAAAGAUUGCAUGAUCAAACUCACUCUGUAUGUUUUUGGACGAUCAGGCUUCAACAUGGACUUUCCUUGGAAUAUACCUCAGAGCAAAGCUGAGGAGAGCAUGCCAUUUGCAGAAGCCUUGCAUACAGUCGAAAGUAGCAUAACAGUGCAGGUGCUUGUACCUUUUUGGACUUUGGUCUAUUUUCCAUUAAAAUCAGUUCGCCGACUGGGACAAGCUCAGAAAUCGUUCGUGUCCCAUCUCAAGGCAAUGUACCAUUCGAAGCGAUUGGAGCUGAAGUCUUCAAGUGGAUAUGACCAGGAUCGCAAUAUUUCACCUCCUCCCAAAGAUAUAUUGGGUGCGUUGGUCGCUAGUCAGAUGAGUGCUGAGUCGGAGGAAAGAUUAAAAGCAAGUAAAACGAGAGAGAAGGUCCUGGGUUUGAUGGAAUCAGAGGUUAUAGGUAAUAUUUGUGAAGCUGGCCACGAAACGACUGGUCAUACCCUUACGUUCCUUCAAGCGUACUUAUGCGUCUACCCAGAAUGGCAAGACAAGCUCUACGAGGAGAUUAUAAGUGUAUGCGGAGAUGAGCCACCCAGCUACCGACAUAUGAGUCAAUUGAACAUAUGCUUAGCAGCCUGCUACGAGACUAUCCGUCUUAAGGACAUAGUGAUGACCUUACCCAAAAUAGCUAUGAAGGAUACCACUCUGCCAUACACCACAUGGGGUGAUGAAGGUCACAUCUCUCAUAAGGUACAUUGUAUCAAGAAGGGCAGUCAUAUAAUCAUCGAUUCGCCCGCACUGUCACUCAACCCUUUCGUCUGGACCGAUCCGGGUAGAUUCGAUCCUACCAGGUUCCUAGAUGCUAACGGUAGAGUAUCAAGCUCGAUCAAUAGUUUCGCUGGAUUCAGUCUUGGUCAAAGACAAUGUAUUGGCAAGAGGUUUGCCGAGGUGGAGAUGGUAGCGUAUAUAAGUCAUUUAAUCAAGGAAUACAGAUUGUUUCCUAUUGAGAAAGAUGGCGAAACCAUACAUGAGAUGAAGGCAAGGAUUUUAAAGGGAACGGAGGAGUUGACGUUGACGCCUGGGAAAUUUGCGGUCAGGUUUGAGAAACGAUAA